CCUCCAUAUCAUGUGAUUCAGGUGUUCCAAUCCCCUCCAUAUCAUGUGAUUCAGGGUGUUCCAAUCCCCUCCAUAUCAUGUGAUUCAGGUGUUCCAAUCCCCUCCAUAUCAUGUGAUUCAGGUGUUCCAAUCCCCUCCAUAUCAUGUGAUUCAGGUGUUCCAAUCCCCUCCAUAUCAUGUGAUUCAGGUGUUCCAAUCCCCUCCCAAUCAUGUGAUUCAGGUGUUCCAAUCCCCUCCAUAUCAUGUGAUUCAGGUGUUCCAAUCCCCUCCAUAUCAUGUGAUUCAGGUGUUCCAAUCCCCUCCCAAUCAUGUGAUUCAGGUGUUCCAAUCCCCUCCCAAUCAUGUGAUUCAGGUGCUCCAAUCCCCUCCAUUAUCAUGUGAUUCAGGUGUUCCAAUCCCC